CCUCACCAUAAAAUCUGUUGUGGCUACUUUUCUUAAACCCCACAACAUUUUAUUAAAACUUUAUUUUGUGAUCAUUACAUAUAUAUAUAAACGCUGAUCUGUAUAUCUAUAAACAAAAACCAACAAUGAAUCCUCUUAUUUGGCAUAAAGUUGCUGCAAUUUCUGGAAUGGCAGCUCUUGGAUUAGGAACAUAUGGUGCUCAUGGAUUCAAACCAAGCAAUCCUUCUUAUAAAGAGGUUUGGAAUACAGCAUCUCUUUACCAUUUAGUUCAUACAGCUGCACUGGUUGGUGCUCCUAUGGCUAAAAACCCGAAUAUCUUUGGAGGCCUUUUGGCUACUGGAAUCAUUGCCUUCUCGGGGACAUGUUAUGCAGUGGCGUUCCUGGAAGACAGAACAUACGCUAAAGUAGCCCCACUCGGUGGGUUUGCAUUUAUUGCUGCCUGGGGAAGCUUGCUGUUCUAAAAUGACUUUACCCCGGAGGUGAAUGAGGCCAGGAAUAAUGCCCUUUUAGAUUUUAAUGGGGUAUCUAACUCCUCUGAGAAGUUUUAUGUGGGUUAUUUUACAUGUGUAUAGUAAAAGAAAUAAGAUGUGGAAUUACUAUCGACCAGAUCAACACUUUUACGUUUUUGUGUUAUGCAAAUACAUUUUAACGUGA